AUGACCGCACCUGCAACUGGAGUCCUGAUCCGGCACUCCAUACCAGUUGGGGGCGAACUCUUGGAAACCAAAAGAAACCAUAGCUUCGCAGAAACGAGCCUGUCUCCUGAACUCCACGGCGCGUUCAUGGAGCCUCCCGGGUCAGCGAACCGAGCCGACGGUGAUUUCCUGGAGCUGGAGCCCGACGAGGAGCUGCUCUGCUCGGUCAGCGACAUCACCGAGCACCUCGGCAGAAACAUCACCGUGGUGCUGGAGACAGCGCUUUCUGAGAUCCGCAAAAUGGUCAGCAUCAGGAUACGAGUGCUGAAAAUGGAGCUACGCGAGAAAAGCGAGGAAAUUGAAGUGCUAAAGGCGAGACUAGAGACAGUUCAGAGGGAUGGUAGGGACCCUUUCCCCGGCGUUCCCACCAUGGAGCCGUCUGCAGAUGCUGGCUUCAAGAAACAUGACUUCAGCUCCGGCAACAAACACAAUAGUGUCGACCCCAGGAGAGCCAAGGCUGUCAUGCCUGGUGUGAAGAAGGAGAAUAUAGAUGCUAUUUGCGACUAUCUGAUGAAAGACAAGAACUCGAGAGGGUGUGCUGAAAUGGACGGAGACCAGAGUAGCCAAGCCAGCGGCGACAGGGAGGCUCGCCAAGAUCCGGACCCGCAAUCCCUCAACCUGUGGUCAGACAGCGGCAUGGCUGGCUCCGGGCCCGGGCACGGAGACUCCGAGUCUACCACAGAUGACCUUUUCAGUAUGCUCCCCUCUGGCAGUAAACGGAUGUAUGACUACGAAUGGAUAGCACCAAUGGAGUAUUCUUCAGACCUGAAAGUCAUGAAGGAUCCCGAUUGUGAGAGCAACCUGACCGGUGAGACAGAGGAUGAUGAUGAGGAUGAGUUGUCGAGGAGGGAGGGAGGUGGACUGGAGCAGGCCCAGGCCCCGCUCUCACACGUCCAGCCCUCUGAGUUCUCCAUGGAGCCCCAGAGCUCUCCAGGGGAGGGAGGGAGUCCACUGGAGGGCAGCACAGACAGGCCUGUGGCAGGCCAGCAGUUUCCCGGCCACACCUACAUCUGCUCUCUGUGUGGAACCUUCUGCCCUGACUCUGUGUUCCUAGAGGAACAUGUCAAACUGAUACACUCAGACUCUGCUGGUGCCCAGGCUCUCCAGGCUCUGCAGUCCACCUGCUCAACUGCACCUGCCAUGGGUGAUGGCAGCAGUGACUCCAGGAGGGGCGGAGGGGUGCACAACGAAGAUGGCACAGGAGUAGGGGCUGGUUCGGGGCGGGGAGGGGGGCAUGUGAAAAAGGAGAUUAAAAUCGAGGGGGGGUACGAGUGCGGGGACUGUGGCCGCCAUUUUAACUACCUUGGCAAUCUGCGACAGCACCAGCGUAUCCACACUGGAGAGAAGCCCUUCAUGUGUCCAGAGUGCGGGGAGAGGUUCCGCCACGCGGCCCGUUUAAAAAGCCACAGGCUGGUGCACAGCGGGGCCCAGAGCCCCUUCCCCUGCCCUCAGUGUGGUAAAGGUUUCUCAGUGCUAUCAGGACUCAAGAGACACCAGCGGGUGCACACUGGCGAAAGCCCGUAUGCCUGUCCACAAUGCGGCAGGCGCUUUAAAGAGCUGGGGAACCUGUACACCCACCAGAGGAUCCACAGUGGGGCCACGCCCUACUGCUGCCAGCAGUGUGGGCGCAGCUUCCGCCACCUGGGAACUUACAAGAGCCACCGCUGCACCCCCGCACAGUAACCUGUCCGGCUGCUACGCUUUCUAAUACCUAGAAAUUUCAAGUGUAUGUCAAAGACAGGACAUGGUGCUGACUCUAAGGUGUGUGUCUGUUGACACUGAGGGAGGUGCUGGUCAUGUGGAGAACGGGGCUGGUAUCCUGAGAUGCUGCCCAAGCUUUCGUGUUAUGUCACAUUUAUGACAUUUCACAUCUGCGUCAGACAUCAAGAAAAGCUGCAUCAUUGAGCUUAAGUUCAUUCUUGACCUUGGAAACAGUAGUUUGAUAAAAUGUCAACUCAACGUCUACAUCGAUUGCAUCACAUAGACUGCAUCUGAAAUUCCAUAUUAACAUGCUGUUUAGUAUGUAUGUGAGGUUUUUUUAGUGUGUCUGAAACCUUAGUAUGAAACCAGUAGUAUGUGAAUUGCAUACUAUUUCCAGUGAAACAUUGCAGUAUCUAAACAGUGGAAACUAAGCCGGCAUAAGUAUCCCACAGUACAAUGCGAUAUCGAUAUCAACAUACAUAACAGCAGACAGCCACCAAGGCAGCUCUGUAACAAGUAAUAAAUACCUCUAACCUAUAACUUUGGUCAUGAGACCGGUGCCUGAUGUGCAAUUUAGGAAACACCAUAUGAAGAAUUGUGGUAGGGAUACCACUACAAAUGAAAGACAUAUUACUUGAUAAUUGAGCUUUGUUAUGGUUUGGGCUUUGGCGUGUGGUGUGGCUUCAUGGAUGUUGAUCGUUCAAUCCACCCCUUGAAUCCAGACUGAAAUAUCUCAAACUAUUUGGAUGAUGUGCCAUAAAAUUUGUUACGUGCAUUAACAUUAGCUGUACUUGCUAAACAUCUGCUUGUAGUGGGGCUUUGUAUCGGCAGGAAUCCAAUAUGUAUUAUGAUACAGAAGUUACGAUUGAAUAUAUUGCUAUUUUUAUGCCUCAUUAUGUUUUCGGGUUGUUUGUAAGUCCGUCCGUCCUAUUCUCAUGAACACGAUAUCUCAAGAAUUCAUUUAUUAAUUCAUUUUCCAUAACCACUUAUCUUGUUAGGGGUCGCAGGGGGGCUGGAGCCUAUUCCAGCCGACAUUGGGUGAGAGGCAGGGUACACCCUGGACAGGUGGCCAGACUAUCACAGAGCUGAUACAUAAGGACAGAUAACCAUUCACGCUCACAUUCACACCCACGGCCAAUUUAGAGUCAUCCAUCAACCUAAACUAGGUUGGAUUAGAUUAAGUUAGGUUUUCUCAAGAAUGCCUUCAGGAAAUUUCUUCACAUAUGACUUAAAUGUCUAUUUGGACUCAACGAUAAACUGGUUUGAUUUUGGUCAAGGUCACUGUGACCUAUGUCAUUCUUGUGAAUGCGAUAUUUUAAAGUCUGCACGAAUAAUUUUUUUCAAAUUUGGCACUAACGUCCACUUGGCUUUAGAGAUGAUGAAGGAACUGAUUAAAAUUUGGUAGUCAAAGGUCAAGGUCACUGUAACCUUGUGUCCGUGUUAUUCUCAUAAACACAAUAUUUCAAGAUGGCCUCGAGCGAACUUCCACGAUUAUGACAAAAUUUCACAAAAAUUGCGGCAGCAUCACUGCCUUGUGGGCAUACAUCCCCAAGGCUAAAUUCUAGUUUUAAAAUCUAAUUUUAGGAAAACUUUUAGAGUAAAAACAACACACAACUAUAUCCAGCCACAACAGAGGCAUGUUUAUUUGUAGUUAUCACAGUCCCCUUAACAUCCGACAUCAUAGCACUACAUUUAAGGCAAUCUGAGAAAAGGAAUUAACAUUAGCCUCUAUCUGUAAAAAAAAGAAUAAGAGUGCUGUCAGGGUUCUUUAGGUAAACAAAUUAAGAAAAAAAAAAAUUUAAACAAUUAAAAAUCAGUAGUGUGUUUAAAAAAUCGAUACAUUAUCACAAAACAUAAUAUCAAACCUUUUUUUAAACCCCUACAUUAUAGCAUUCUGAUGUUAGCGUGCUAAUUUACGCAUCAUCUGGCUAUGCAGAUGUCUGUUUGCCUGUUGCUUGCAUUUGCUAACAGCACAAGUAAUGUUGUCCCUGCAGAUGUGAUGAAAAACCAAAAGCUCAGGAAGUUCAUCAAACUUGCAAAUGGCAAUAGAGCUGAGGUGUACACAGGUUAACCAUGGUUACACUUGUCUCCAACUGACAAGAAGGCUCUUAGGGAGUGGCAUGGUAAUUACACCUCAGUGCAAUAUACUACUGUUUAUGUACACAAAAGUAUGAACAAUGAUGGUCAAUGUUGUAUACAACACAUGGUGUAGUAUACAAACAUGUAGAGCAUAGCAUGUGAUUUAGGAAGCAGCAGUUGACUCCUCAUCAGCAAGUGGAAUUUGCUAAUUUUUUGUCGAACUGUAGUAGUUAAAAUUCUUUCAUUUUCUGAGGACUUUAAAACUUCUUGUUUGUUUUAGUAGAAAAUUAGCAAGUUUAUUCUUGACCUAAAAACCAGUACAGAAACAUCCAUGACAACAGAGCAACCUCCAUCCACUGAUGGAGACUGCUCUGCUAGUAACCUUGGGCUUAGAUUGUUGAGUUAAAAAGCUGUAUCAGAGGCCAUCAGGCACCACAUGGAGCAUGUUAAGAGGUGACAUUGUACUGGAUGGCAUCAGUGCAGAGGCUCAUGAAAGGACUAUCAGUAGUUUAGCAUGUUUUAGCCCAUUUACUAUAAUUUGUAUGAUCUUUAAAGCAGUGGCUCUUAAACUUUUUUAAUAAUGCUCCCUUUUUGAAAUAUUUGUACAGCUCAGUACUCCCUGACCAGUGCAAAGAUUGCAUUGAAAACAGGAAUAUUGAAUAUAAAGUAUCAAACUUUUACCCUUUUAAAUUGAACUUUAUUAUGGUAUAAUUGUUUUAGGAAUUAAGCAUGACUGAUACUUUUGAAAUUAACAUAUUAAAAAAAUCUUACCUACCCCCUGCAGAACUCCAAAGUACCCCUAAGGGUACCUAUACUCUUAUAUUUGAAAAACACUGCUUUAAAGGAUAAUUCCUGUUUAUACAACAUGGGUUUGUGGUAUUGUCCAUCAUUUCUCUCAGUAAUGAUUUUGCACUAAUUGACUCACUGUGCUCAAGUCCAAUGGGGCAAGAAGCACAGCAGAUGACCAGACAGGCUGGAGACAAACCCCCUGAUCAGUUACAUUUAUUUAGACUAAAAGAGGAUGGUAAACAUUGGUAAAAAUCUGUCGCAGGUUACAGAGACACUCCUGCUUCAACUUUGACCUGCUGUACUUACUGUAGUUGUGUACACAGUGUUUCAAUGCAGUGAAUUAUUAGUGCUCACUCACCUUCAUUUGACCUCCAAAUAAAGUGUUUUAGAUAAUGU